GAGGAGCCGGCUUGGGCGCGCCGGGCGCGGGCCGCGGACUGCGGGCUGCGGGCUGUGUGUGUGUGUGUGCACGCGCGUGUGUGUGUGCAGGGCCCUGGGUGGCCCCGGGGCGGCGCGAGGCGAGUCGCAAAGCCAGGCAGAACCGCUGGCGCUGGCGGCAGCCGACCGACCGGGGGCUGUGCUGAGGCGGCGGCGCGUCCCACCCGAGGACGGCUCUGGCUGAGGGCGGAGGAGCCGGGGGAGAGCCCGGGGCAGCGGCUGAGGAGGGACGGCGGCGGCGGGGGCCGCUGCCCCGGGAAGACCCGGCCGAGAUGCUGGCGGAGAACCUGGUGGAGGAGUUUGAGAUGAAGGAGGACGAGCCGUGGUACGACCACCAGGACCUCCAACAAGAUCUCCAGCUUGCUGCUGAGCUCGGGAAGACACUGCUGGAUCGGAACACGGAGUUGGAGGAGUCUCUUCAGCAGAUGUACACCACCAACCAGGAGCAGUUACAGGAGAUUGAGUACCUGACCAAGCAAGUGGAGCUUCUGCGGCAGAUGAAUGACCAGCACGCCAAGGUGUACGAGCAGUUAGACGUCACAGCCAGGGAGCUGGAGGAAACCAAUCAGAAGCUGGUCGCUGACAGCAAGGCCUCCCAGCAGAAGAUUCUGAGCCUGACUGACACGAUCGAGUGCCUGCAGACCAACAUCGACCACCUGCAGAGCCAGGUGGAGGAGCUGAAGGCUGGCCAAGGCAGAAGGAGCCAGGGCAGGUGCGGCCGGGAGAGACCGGCGCCCAGCUUCCCCUGUCUGAAGGAGCUGCACGACCUCCGCCAACACUUUGUGUACGACCACGUGUUUGCUGAGCAGAUUGCCUCCUUGCAAAGCCGGCAGAGCCCUGAAGAAGAGGAGAACGAGCACCUGAGGAAAACGGUGGCCAUGUUGCAGGCGCAGCUGAGCCUGGAGCGGCAGCGGCGGGCCGCGGUGGAGGACGAGUACGGGCUCGUGCUGCAGGAGAACGGCGAGCUGGAGCGGCAGCUGGCGGCCAGCGACGCUUACCGGGCGCGGGCGCGGGAGCUGGAGGCCGAGGUGGCCGAGAUGCGGCGGAGGCUGCGCGCCGAGCAUCCCUUCGUGAACGGCAUUGAGAAGCUGGUGCCGGACUCCCUGUUUGUCCCCUUCCGGGAGGCCAGCCAGAGCCUGCUGGAGGAGCUGCUGCUGCCGGCGCCCGAGGCCCCGCGGAAGCCCUUGACGCGCAGCACCAGCGACACGGGCCUGAGCAGCUUGGCCGCCAGCGACCUCCUGAAGGGCCACGAGGAGAGCUGCAUCCAGAGGGCGCAGGCCGUGAAGCAGCGGGGCAUCUCCCUGCUGCACGAGGUGGACACUCAGUACAGCGCCCUCAAGGUCAAGUAUGAGGAGCUGCUCAGCAAGUGCCAGCAGGAGCAGGACUUGCUGUCGCACAAGGCUGUCCAGACCUCCCGGGCUCUAGCCAAGGACCUGAGCGGAGUGGCUGCCCAGCCGGAGUCUGACGCCAGCGGCUGGGAGCCCACCUCUGUCCCCCUGGAGCCCGCCGAUUCCCCCAGCACUUCCACAUCCCCCGAGUACAAGGUGCUGUUUAAGGAGAUCUUUAGUUGCAUCAAGAAAACGAAGCAGGAGAUCAAUGAACAGAGAACAAAGUACCGCUCGCUCUCCUCUUACUCUUGAUUUAACCUUCAACUCCGCUACCGAUUUGCCUGUUUGCUCCCUCCGUUUGUAGACUCUGUGGUUCACUGGCCUCGCUGCUUUGCUUACUUAGCAGGAACACAGAG